AUGACUGCCCAGAAUACAGUUCAAACGGAAUGGUAUACAACUCUUUGUGGUGAAUGUACAUAUACGUUACCUGUACGAUAUCAAGAAUUAUCAUCUAUUGGCCAAGGUAGUUACGGAACUGUGAUUCGUGCUAAAGAUAGAAUUCUCGAUUUUGGCUUAUCUCGUAUUGCAUCAGAUGAUAUUCAAACUGGUUAUGUUGCUACCCGAUGGUGGCGUGCACCAGAAGUAAUUGUCAAUUGGGAAAGAUACAAUCAAAAACUUGAUAUAUGGUCUGUGGGUUGCAUGAUGGCAGAAUUAAUACUACUUAGACCAAUUUUUCGUGGAAGAGAUCAUAUCGAUCAGUUAAAUAAAAUAUUAGACAUAACCGGUACACCAAACAUACAAACAUUAAAUGAAAUAUGCACAGCAGAACCACGAAAUUAUAUAAGUCAAAUGACACCGAAACCAAAACAAGAUUUUAAUGAAUUAUUCGGUUAUAAAUAUGACUUAACAGGUACCGUACCAAUAUCAGGUGUUUCACCAGAAGGUGUUGAUUUACUUGAUCGUCUUCUAUCUUUUGAUCAUCGUCUGCGUCCAACUGCAGAACAAGCACUCGCUCAUCAAUUUCUGAAGCAAUAUCAUAGUACAAUAGAAGAACCCACUAUAGAACCUCUAGUUGAUGAACAUGAAGAUGCACAAUAUACUAUAGAACAAUGGAAAUCUAUUGUUUGGCAAAUGGUUGAAGAGUUUGUACCACCAUCUUGGAUUAAUAAUGAUCAUGGUGACAAUUCAUGA